CUCUCCGCGCGGCUCCAGGAAGCGGAAGUCCAGCGCAAGUUUGGGAAAAAAAGUUUGGUACGAGUUUGUGACAGUUCGGACUGACGCAGCCUGACGCAGCGGAUCGACAUGAGGGGCCCGUCUGAUCCUGUGCUGUGAUGCAGGGGCCCGUGGAAAGCUCAGGGGCCCCGGAGUCCAGCCCCCCCGCAGAACGCCGGCGCCGUCUGUGGGCUCAGAGCCGAGACUCGCUGUGGCAGUCCUCCCCAAAACCAGGACCGCACCGGGAUCUCAACCAGGACCUGAGCCAGAACCAGGACCCGGGCAGCGAACAGCACAAUGGGCGGGUCCCACAUAAGAUCAGCAGUUGGCUCUCCGAGUGCAGGACGCCCCUCGGAGCUUCUCUGGACGAGCACAGCGGCUCCCCCAACAGAGGUCUGAGGAACGGCUGCAGUUUUGAGGAUGACCUGUCACUGGGAGCUGAAGCCAAUCACCUGCAGUGCAGCCCCAGCCGGAGCGAGUCUGGGUUCGGUCUGGCGGCGGAUCAGAAGAGGUCACAGUUCAAGGAACGCGCUCGCAGCAUGAACUCCACCGGCUCCGGGAAGAGCAGCACCGUGUCCAGUGUGUCAGAGCUCUUGGACCUGUACGAGGAGGACCCGGAGGAGAUCCUCAUGAACCUGGGCUUUGGGCGAGAAGAACCAGACCUGGCGUCCAAAGUUCCCUCACGCUUCUUCAACGGCACCUCCUACGCCCGCGGCAUCGACUUCAAGGUGUUUCUGGGAGCGCAGCUGCAGAGGCUGGAGCUGGAAAACCCAAACUACGCCCUGACCAGUCGUUUCCGUCAGAUCGAGGUUCUGACGAGCGUCGCCAACGAGUUCUUCCAACUCUACAGCCAAGUGUCCGGACAACCCCUGCACCGCAUCGCCCCCAGAGAACCAGGAGCAGACGGAGACUCUAAAGAAGCUGCCGCCGUGAAGAAAAACGCCUCGGCCCUGAACGCCGCCAGAGUCCUCAAGAGGAGCAUCAGCAAACACAACCUGCUCGCACAAGCCGCCACGCAGGCCAACGCACACGCCAACGCACACGCCAACGCACAACCCGCCGCCGAGUCUCGCACACAGGCCGAAGGACAGACCAACACGGACGGCUCGGGGGCGGUAGGUACGACGGCGGCGGCGGCGGCGGCGAGUCCACAGCCCGGAGAGGACGGCGGGGCGCAGAGCGAGGACGGACGACACGCCAAACUCAAAAUGGACGGAUCGGUUCUGUCGGCGGUGUCUGAGGAGAGCACGAGCGACGGAGAGACGGAGAAAGACACGGAGCAAAGAACUGAAGAGACGUCAGGACCAGCAGCCAAUCAGAGCGCAGAGGGGGAGGAGCAGACGACCAAUCAUGGCACAGAAGCGGAUCAGACGACCAAUCGCAGCUCAGGAGACGCCGACGUCCCUGCCGGUCGCCUGUCGGGUGUGGAGCAAACGGCCAAUCACGGCGGAGAAGACGAAGCACAAACAGCCAAUCAGAGCUCUCAACCUGAGGAACAGACGACCAAUCAGAGCGCAGGAGAUGAAGCGCAGACGGCCAAUCAGAGCGAAGGAGACGUGGAAGAGACGGCCAAUCAGAGCGCAGGAGACACAGAGCAGACAACCAAUCAGAGCGCAGGAGAUGUGGAGAAGACGGCCAAUAGCAAAACAGACGUAGAGCAAACGGCCAAUCAGAACGCGGGCCUGGAGAAAUCGUCCAAUGAGGCGUGGGCGGGGGAGCGGGCGGUGAACCCUCAGCUCGCUCUGCUGCGCACGGAGAACGCCGACUCCUUCGACAUCGAGGAGAUCCACAGCGCUGAAGACGACGCUCCUCCACCGAGCAGCUCCAGGAACACGGAUCUUUCUCGCACCGUGAGCCAACAGUCCGACAGCAGCGGCUUCGCAGAGGAACCGUCCUCCGACUCCUCCAGCUUCUUAAAGGUGCAGGAGAGCAGCGACUCGUGCGACAGUGAGACGACCGUCACGUCUCACCCGUCCCAGGACCUGGCCACGCCCGUCGCCGUCGACCAGCCGGCGUUCGCUCUGCUCACCGGGGGGGCGGAGCCGAGCGACGAGCCCGACGGCGGCGCGGACUCCGCCUUCCCCCAGUACACCGCCCACCAGCUGCCCAAAAACCCCGCCCAGACCCCGCGCAGCCCCCCGCCCACCGACGACUCGCCGGAGACCGAGGCGGAGGAGCGGAAGGCGUCAGACGACACGCCGGAGCGAGAAACCCACGUCAGACCGGUUCCUGAGUUCAGCGUCCUGGGCGGGUCUUUGGACGACGACAGGCCCAGGCAGGCGGAGUCUCCGGACUUCGUGUCAGACUGUUCGGAGUCGAGCCUGCCGCCCGCGCCCCCCUCCCCGGUGCUCGGCGCGCUCCACCGGGCCAGACUCAACCAGAGGAUCCAGGGGCGAGGUCGCGGGCGCGGCGGGGUCCCUCUGCAGAGGUCCUCCUCCCUGCCCACCGCCACCGUCGUGUCCUCCGUGCGCAUCCAUCUGGGGCGGGGCAAAGCCAAACCGCCGCGGGACGACACGGACGGCCGGGCGGUCAACCCGCUUCGAGCGAUCCCCCGCCACCUGGCGCAGUCCACCAGCUCCAGUCCCCCGCCCGACUGGGCAGCAGGCGGCGCGCCGCAGUCAUGGAGCACCCAGAGCGUCCCGGAGCUGUGCUCGCACCCGCGGCAAUCCUACCAGCCCCCGCCGGGGGUGACGUACACGCAGCCGCACCCCCAGCACGCCCACCUCUACGGGACGCCCUACGGCAGCUCGCCCAACCUGCUCGCCCACCACGGCUCGUACUCGGGCGUGCCCCAUCACCCCGGCUUUUCCGCGCGGCCCGAGCACCCUCCCUCCGCGCUGUACGGCCACGCGGGGCACGGUUCCCCCGGCGUGUCGGCGCCGUGGUUCGGCUCUUACCCCAACCUGCACGCCUCCCCCCACCCGCCCCAGACGCUGGCUCAGAGCGCUGCUACCUUCUCCCCGUACUCUGGGCUCUCCCAUUCGGCGUUUCACUACGGGAGCCACCCCCACCUCCAGCGUGUGACUCCGCCCCCUCCGGGACCACACCCCCUGCCGUACCUGCCCGAGGUCCCGCCCCCUCAGCCCGGGUUCCACCUGGGCCCGCCCCCGUCGUCCGCCACGUUCGGGGGUCCCGUGUUCUCCCCCGACGCGGCGCUUCAGCCUCACCUCGUGUCGAGCUCCGAGCUGCAGCUGCGGCGAGUCCUGCAGGAGAUCAGAGGCACCGUGCUCAGCCUGGGACAGAGUCGAUUGGGAAGCCCCAGUGUGUUUUCAGAGCAGAGAACAACUCCAGCCUCUCCUCAGACGGUGUCUGAGUUGCUGUUGAAGAGACGGAGUCUGAACUCGUUUCGUUCUCAGAUGAUGGAGCUGGAGCUGCUCAUCCUCCGAGAACAAGCCCCAGUCUACAGACACCUGAGCCCCACCGACAGGCUGGAGGUGGAGCAUCUUCAGCGUCUUCGCUCUGCGGUUCGAGAGGAGCUGCAGGAGCUGGAGGCUCUUCUGGAGGAGCGACUCCUGGAGCUGCACCCUCCUCCACACGUGGGUUUUCCGCAGGGCUCCAGUGAAGACAACCUGAGCUCCGCCUCGGCCCUGAGAGCCAUGGAACCGGUGUCCGACCUCCUGAGGGAGCAGCUCCUCCUCCAGUCCGAGCUCCGUUACCAUAGCAACAGCGGCUCCCCCGCCUCCUCCUGCUGCUCCAGUCCAUUGAGGAGGAGCCAGAGCCGGGGGGCGGGGCAUUACAGCGCGUCAAUCAACAUAACGCCCGCCCCCCCUCCCCGAGCCGCGUCGGAGACUCCACAGACCUGCCCCUCGGAGCAGCCGGGGGAGGGGCCACGCGCCGCAGAGACCACGCCCACAGGAGGAGGGCGGGGACAGGAGGCAGAGCCCACGCCCACAGGAGGGGGGCGGGGACUGGAGACCGAGACCACGCCCCCUGUGGACAACCUGCAGCAGCUGAUCAGAGAGAUCAGACAAAGUGUCGCUGAGGAAAUCCGCAGAGAGAUCUACAGUGGGCUGCUCGCCUCCAUCGCCCCCGCCAAACAACAGUAACCAUGGCGACCAAGUCCUCCAAAACCCCGUCCUCGCCUCGUCCUCCCAAACCUUCGCCUCUGUCUUCCCAAACCCCAGCCCCAUCCUCUUAAACCUCGCCCCAGGCCCUCGUCCCCGUCCUCCCAAACCUCAUCGUCCCAAAUCUUCGUCCCUGCCCUGGUUCCCGUCCUCGCCCUCCGUCCUUGCCCUCAUCCGCACCUUCGUCCUCCCAAACCUCGUCCCUGUUCCCGCCCUCGCCCUCUUCGUCCCAAACCUUGUCCCCGUUCUCGCUCUCGCCCCUGUCCACCCAAGCCUCGUCCCCGUCUCCGCCCCCACCCUCGUCCUCUCUCCCGUCCUCCUAAACCCCGCUCCUCCCAAACCUUCGUCCUCUCAAAGUUCGUCCUCCCAGACCUCGUCCCCGUCUCUGCCCUCGCCCCCGUCAGUCCCAAACCUCGUCCCCGUUCCCGAUCUCGCCCCUGUCCACCCAAACCUCAUCCCCACCCUGUCCCCGUCCUCCCAAACCUCGUCCCCGUCUCCGCCCCCACCCUCGUCCUCUCUCCCGUCCUCCUAAACCCGCUCCUCCCAAACCUCGUCCUCUCAAAGUUCGUCCUUGCCCCCGUCCCCACCCUCGUCCUCCCAGAACUUGCCCCCGUCCUGUUCCCGUCCUCCCAAACCCCGUCCUCGUCCCCGUCCUCGUCUGUAACACUGUACGCUGUAUAAACACUGUAAAGACUGUCACUCCCAGGAGGCGUCGCUCUGAACUCGACCAGAACCUCGAGCGCCGACUGCAGAAAAACAUCAAAACAUUCACAAUAAUGACUUGAAUUUUUGUUCUUCUUCUUCUUCUCUUCAAACGAAUCCUACAGGAAACGUUCUGACUCCUGAUCGGUGCAGGCGCUCGGCUUUAGAAGGUUUUUAAAAGUGUUUUUGAGCUAAAAAAAAAAAAAACUACAACUGAACAAAUGCAUCUUUAUAUAAGUUUAAUUUUCACUCAGUUAUAAAUGUUUUGUUUCGUUGUUUUUUUUUUUUUUAGCUCUGAACUCUUUUAAAAACCUGCGUUCUGAUUGUGACGAGUAACUGUCGGGACCCUCAACGAGAAAAGUUCCAGAGUGCACCUUUAAAUGCCGUAGGAUUCGUCCAGGUCCUGAAAGAUCCAUAAUAAUCGAGUUGUUGUUUUUUUUUUUUUUUUUUUUCGUUCUGAACGUCGUGUUUUUGCAGUUUCGAAGAUGAUGAACGUUUGGAGAGACGUUCGUCCACUUGAAACGUCACUGUUCAUGUUUGUGUUUGUGAUUCUAGGAGCAGAAAUGGAGUUUAAAAAAAAUGUAUAGUUUAAUUAAAUGUAAUGAAAAGGAAAAAGAUGACAAUAACACACGUACACACGUUGUAUUUUUCAGAUUAUAAGGAGCGUUAAUCGAAACAAACGGGCGACACUUGAGUCUGAUCCUUGGUCCAUUCGUCCUCGAUCCGUCGGCAGAUCGUGGUGUAACUCGCCCGGCGCCGUCUCUCUGUCCCGGUGAAUCUGGGAGGAGAAUCUGUGUGUCGUUCGUUCAUUUGUUUUUCAAAAUAAAACCAAAAAUUAAGAAAAUUUUGUUUUCUUCAUUAUUUUUCUCCAGAACCAAAAUGAAAAAAAAAAAAGGAUAAUGAUUCGUUUUUUCAGUUUUUGAUUUUGGGUUUAAAUGAAAAAUUAAAAAAAUGGAUAACGGACUGAACCAGGACUGAACCAGGACUGAACCAGGACUAAACCAGGACUGAACCAGGACUGAACCAGGACUGAACUGGUUCAGUCCUGUGUCGGGGGCCCAGAGGUGCACCCACGUAGACUGUCAGGUGAUCGGGACUGAGACCAGGACCAGAAUGGGACCAGAAUAGACCGGGACUGAACCAGGUCUAAACCAGGUCCUGGUCUUGGUCCGUUCUCAGUCCCAGUCUCGGUCUCAGUCCCGGUCUGUUCCCAGUCCGGUCCUGGUCUCAGUCCCAGUCCUGAUCUUGGUCCUGGUCUCAGUUCUGGUCUCAGUCCUGGUGUCAGUCCCAGUCUGGUCCCGGUCUCAGUUCCGGUCAGUCCGGUCCUGGUCUUGGUCUGGGUCUCUGUCACACUCCCGGUCUCAGUCCUGGUCUGGUCUCGGUCCCGGUCUCGGUCCCGGUCUCGGUCCCGGUCUCAGUCCUGGCCUGGUCUUGGUCUGGUCACAGAAACGGGAAACAAAUCUUUUUUUUUUUUUUUUUCAUUUUUGUUUUGGAGACAAAUAACGAAGAAAACAGUUGUUUUUUUGUUUCCUUAUUUUUAGUUUUAUUUUGAAAAACGAUUGAACAAAUGACACACACAGAUUCAUAAGGAGCACUGUCGACUUUUGAGAAAAUUAAAGGAUUUUAAGAGCAUCUUAUAGUUUGAAAAAUCCAGUAAACACACACAGACAGACACACUACACUGUUUCUUUGUUGGUUUAGUGUAUAAAGUGAAUCAUGUCAGCAGUAAUUAAUAUAUAAUGUAUUUAAUAGAACAGAAACACUUUAAUAAUAAAAAGUUCGUCAGUGCAAGAAACAAAAAAAACACAAACGAGCCGCUGUGGUUCAACGUCACAACGGUCGCGUCGUUAAAGAGUCGGAGGUUUUACUGUACGGCCGCUUCCUCCUGUGUCCUAACGCCGCUCCCUCUUCAAAAAACCCGCCCCAAGACUCGUUUUUGAGAGUCGUCCGUUCACGUUUGAGCAAUUUAGCGAUCUCUCUUCCUGUGGACACGAGCCCACGCCGCGAUUCUCCGUAAAUUUACACCCAAAAAAAAACGUGACGCGGAACGAUGCGCUACAACCCGACGAACCCGACGCGACGCGCGGGGGUUUCGUCGGCGGGCGCGGCUCUGAAGGGGGAGCGGCUCGGCGCGGGGAGCAGCGUAACGCCCGACUCUUUAAGACGACGCCGUACGACCUAAACCCGUAACGCGGAGUCACGUCUGGAGCUCCACGUCCCGGUGUUUCAGAGCGAGUUGUUCCAUCUCUGUCUUUAAAUCUGCAUCGUGUAACUUUUUCGCUUCACCUGCUGGUUUCCACGGAGACGCUUUGCCCGGAAUGUUCCUUAGUGCGGCAUUUAAAGCGAACGUGAACAGUAGCUCAGUCGGUAAGAGCGUUUGGCCUCUGAUCAGAUUUACGGUGAAUGUUAAAUGUGUGUAAAUGUGUGUAAAUGUGUGUAAAUGUGUGUAAAUGUGUGUCGUGUUCUACAGCAGCUUCAUAAAUCUGCUCCAUCAUCAAAUCUGACCACGUUUGGACUCGGUCUCGUCUCGGACUCGGUCUUGUCUUGGACUCGGUCUUGUCUCGGUCUUUAAGGCACUUGGACUCGGUCUUGUCUCGGUCUUGAAGACGUUUGGACUCGGUCUUGUCUCGGUCUUGAAGGCGCUUGGACUCGGUCUUAUCUCGGUCUUGAAGACGUUUGGACUCGGUCUUGUCUCGGUCUUGAAGACGUUUGGACUCGAUCUUGUUGAUGACAUCACAAGGUGGAACAGAGCGUUUUGAGCUUUGAGUAACAUUUUAAUCUUUAGUCCGAACAAAAACGAAAACGUUUAAUAAAAAUAAAAGACAGAAGUGUCAGAAAAAGUCCUUCCUCGUGUCUAAAUUGUCCAACAUUUUUUGUACUUUUCUUAAUUUUUUCCCCCACAAACCGCCUCGUUAAUAAAAAUAAAACUAUGAUUUCUGUUCUAAUGUGGUUUCCUCAUCGCACACAGACCCGGAGUUGCAGAUUUAGGCUCCCAAACGUUCUUUUCCCAAACUAAAAACGCUCCGUUCCACCUCGUGAUGUCAUCGUGUGGUGAUAACACCGGAAGUGCUCUGUUGUGUUUUUUAAUUAAACUCCACACGCACCUUCGGUCAGAUUCGGUCGGUCUCUACUGAAAUCUCUACACUUACAGAAAAGUUACGAGGAGCUGUUUACAUGAAAACCACCAUUUCGUGACAUCACAAGGUGGAACAGAGCGUUUUGAGCUUUGAGUAACACUUUAAUCUUUAGUACGAACACGCGAAAGGAAAAAAAAAAACAACUCCAGCUCUUGUUUUUGAGGAGGAAACGACUUUAGAACACAGUUUAAAGCUUCACGAGAGUUUAUUUUUGUCGACCUUUUAAUGCCGUACUGUGGAAUAUUCCAGGCAAAGCUCCACGGAGACGAGCGGGCGGCGUCAGAAAGGUUCCGCCGUGCUCCUCGGACACGUCUGCGAUCGUGUUCCGACGUGCGCGGGACUGUGGGGUUCGGCUUCAGAUCGUCGUGUUCAACAUCUGGACGUGUUUUUAUGUCAUUUUAAUGUAAUUUAACUCUGAUUUUUAAGAUGAAUUAAUAAAAUAAAUCCAGAUAUUUUUCCAGAA